AUGGCCAGUCAGCCAGCACCACCUGCGCCCUUUGGGGCUACAGCUGUUUCUGCCGCCGUGGGAAAAGAGCUCGGAGGCUCGAUAGGCACGUCGAUACCAUCUGAGGAGAAGACGGAAGGCUCAGACUCAGCUUUCUUAGAGUCAGAAGACGGCAUCGGACGGGAGAAUCAGCAGGCGAUAGCUGCUCUAGCACGCAGUCUCUCUCAGUUGUCCGGCAAGAGCAGCAGCGGUGAGGGAACCAAUACUUUUCUCGAUCCCACCAGCGACCCUGAGCUCGAUCCCAACUCGGAUCAGUUCAACUCGCGCCAAUGGACCAAGAACCUGCUUCAAAUCACCUCGCGUGACCCGGAUCGAUAUCCUCGCCGCACUGCGGGUGUAUCCUUUCGCAACCUGAACGCUUUCGGCUACGGUACCGCCGCUGAUUACCAGGCAGAUGUUGCAAAUAUUUGGCUUAAGGGUUUUGGUUGGCUUCGAGAAAAGCUGGGUUGUGGGAACAAAGUCAGGAUUGAUAUCCUUCGUAACUUCGAAGGAUUCGUCCACAGUGGUGAGAUGCUAGUCGUACUUGGUCGCCCUGGAAGCGGUUGCUCAACCUUCCUCAAAACUAUUGCAGGAGAGACUCACGGCUUAUGGCUCGACCACGGAACCGAUAUUCAAUAUCAGGGUAUAUCCUGGGACGAAAUGCACAGCCGUUUCAGGGGAGAAGUCAUCUACCAAGCUGAGACUGAGAUACAUUUCCCGCAACUCACUGUGGGCGAAACAUUGCACUUUGCGGCACAUGCUCGAGCUCCAUCCAACAGAUUCCCGGGCGUCACCCGAGCGCAGUAUGCAGCACACAUGCGAGAUGUUGUCAUGGCCAUGUUGGGCCUGAGCCACACUAGAAACACCCGAAUCGGUAACGAAUUUAUUCGAGGUGUGUCUGGAGGAGAAAGAAAACGCGUCAGCAUAGCUGAGACCAUGCUGUGUGGUAGCCCUAUACAAUGCUGGGACAACAGUACCCGCGGCCUGGACAGCUCAACAGCUCUUGAGUUUGUCAGGAAGCUGCGCCUUUCCACAGAAUACACUGGGUCUACUGCAAUUGUGGCAAUAUACCAAGCUAGCCAAGCCAUCUACGAUAUCUUUGACAGGGCCAUUGUUCUCUAUGAAGGCCGGCAAAUCUACUUCGGUCAGGCUGAUGAUGCAAGGCGUUUCUUCAUUGAAAUGGGGUUUGAAUGCGCGGAUAGGCAAACCACUGCUGAUUUCUUGACUUCCUUGACCAGUCCGACAGAACGGAAAGCUCGCAAAGGAUAUGAACAUGUGGUUCCUCGCACCCCUGACGAGUUCGCGGCCCGCUGGAGGGAGAGCGCAGAGAGAAAACAGCUACUCGCUAAUAUUGAGGCUUUCCAGACCGAGUUCCCAUUAGGCGGGGACAAGUUGGAAGAAUUCAACCGCUCCCGCGCCGCUGAAAAGGCCAAAGGGUCCCGGAUGAAAUCACCAUAUACCCUGUCAUACCCGAUGCAGAUUCGUCUGUGUCUUCGCAGAGGGUUCCAGCGUCUCAAAGGCGAUCUGAGUAUGACCUUGGCUAGUUUGAUUGGCAACUGUAUAAUGGCCUUGGUCGUCGCUAGCGUGUUUUACAACCUUGGUCCAAACACGGAUAGCUUUUUCCAGCGGGGAGCCUUACUUUUCUUUUCUAUCUUGCUCAAUGCAUUCGCAAGCUCGCUCGAAAUCCUUACCUUGUGGCAACAACGACCGAUAGUGGAGAAACAUGACAAGUACGCUCUCUAUCAUCCUUCAGCGGAGGCAAUCAGCUCCAUGCUUGUUGAUCUCCCAUGGAAAAUGAUUGUCUCAGUGGAGUUUAAUCUGAUUAUUUAUUUCAUGUCUAAUUUGCGUCGCACCCCGGGACACUUCUUUGUGUUUUACCUUUUUUCGACGACUACCGCUUUGACAAUGUCCAACGUUUUCCGUUGGACCGGAGCGAUAUCGCGAUCCAUGGCCCAGGCGAUGGUACCUUCAUCGAUCGUCAUGAUGAUCCUUGUGAUCUACACAGGGUUUACAGUUCCGGUCCGGGAUAUGCAUCCAUGGUUUCGGUGGUUGAAUUACUUGGAUCCAAUAGCCUAUGCUUUUGAAUCUCUUAUGAUUAAUGAGUUUAGUGAUCGCCGCUUUCCCUGUGCCCAGUAUAUACCGUCUGGACCAGGCUACGAAGACGCCCCUAUUGCCUCCAAAAUAUGCAAUCAGAACGGUGCUGUGGCUGGUCAGGAUUACAUUGAUGGCGACAGAUAUCUGAAUGACUCGUACCGAUACUACCGGCCGCACCUCUGGCGCAAUUAUGGCAUUCUCUUGGGCUUCUUCUUCUUUUUCCUGGCGCUUUAUAUUAUCAGCAGUGAAUUGGUUCGUGCUAAGCCUUCAAAGGGCGAGAUCCUGGUCUUUCCUCGAGGCAAGAUCCCGGCGUUUACAAGGAAGGCUCCUGGUGACGACGAUGUUGAAAGCGUCCCGACCUCGGAGAAACAGCGUAUCGGUGACGAGGAUCCCGACCAUACGGGUGCCAUUGUCAGACAAACCUCCAUAUUUCAUUGGCAAGAUGUUUGCUACGAUGUCAAGGUGAAGGGUCAGCCACGCCAGAUUCUUGACCACGUGGACGGGUGGGUCAAACCGGGAACCUUGACUGCCCUGAUGGGUGUAACGGGAGCUGGCAAGACAUCGCUUUUGGAUGUAUUGGCCAACCGAGUGACCAUGGGGGUGGUCACUGGGGAGAUGCUAGUCGAUGGACGGAUGCGAGAUGACUCUUUCCAAAGAAAAACAGGUUAUGUUCAGCAGCAAGACUUGCAUCUCGAAACAACCACGGUGCGGGAAGCCCUGGUCUUCAGCGCGCUGCUUCGUCAGCCAGCGAGUACGCCUCGGAUGGUGAAGAUCGCCUAUGUGGAAGAAGUCAUCAAAAUGCUGAACAUGGAAGCUUAUGCGGAAGCCAUUGUUGGGGUUUUGGGCGAGGGUCUGAAUGUCGAGCAGAGGAAGAGGUUGACAAUCGGGGUAGAGAUUGCGGCCAAGCCUGACCUCCUUCUCUUCUUCGACGAGCCCACUUCCGGACUUGAUAGUCAGACUGCAUGGUCCAUAUGUUCUCUUAUGCGGAAGCUGGCAGAUCAUGGUCAAGCAAUCUUGUGCACAAUUCACCAACCGUCAGCUAUCCUGAUGCAGCAGUUCGAUCGGCUGCUGUUUCUAGCCAAAGGGGGCAAGACAAUUUACUUCGGCGAGUUGGGCCAGAAUAUGGAGACCUUAAUAGGAUACUUCGAGGAUAAAGGCUCUCCCAAAUGCCCUAGGAAUGCUAACCCUGCUGAGUGGAUGUUGGAAGUGAUCGGGGCUGCCCCAGGAUCUCACGCUGACCGGGACUGGGCAGAGGUGUGGCAUCAAAGUCCUGAGCGCACCCAAGUCCGCUUAGACCUUGCGCAGAUGAAGCAGGAUCUAUUGCAGCGACCACCGCCUCCUCGAAUGGUGGGAUAUGGGGAGUUUGCUAUGCCUAUUUGGACGCAAUUCCUCCUUUGCCUACAGCGGAUGUUCCAGCAAUAUUGGCGAAGUCCUUCUUAUAUCUACUCCAAGGCUUCCAUGUGCAUCAUACCUCCCUUAUUCAUCGGCUUCACAUUCUGGCGCGAGCCAAACAGUAUCCAAGGGUUGCAGAAUGAGAUGUUCGCCAUUUUUAUGUUGUUGGUCAUCUUUCCCAACCUAGUGCAACAGAUGAUGCCGUACUUUACGACGCAACGGGCUUUAUAUGAAGUCCGGGAAAGGCCUUCGAAGGCAUACUCCUGGAAAGCAUUCAUGUUAGCCAGUAUUAUGGUCGAGUUGCCAUGGAAUAUUCUCAUGGCUGUUCCGGCAUACUUCACAUGGUACUAUCCAAUCGGCCUAUAUCGCAACGCCUACCCAUCGCACACGGUCAACGAAAGAGGUGGCACCAUGUUUCUGCUAGUUUUGAUCUUCAUGAUGUUCACCUCAACUUUCAGCUCCAUGGUCAUCGCAGGUAUUGAGCACCCAGAUACGGGCAGCAAUAUCGCCCAACUUCUAUUUUCAAUGUGUCUCAUCUUCAAUGGUGUUCUUGCUUCUCCGUCGGCCCUUCCUCGCUUCUGGAUCUUCAUGUACCGAGUAUCGCCUUUCACAUACCUCGUGUCCUCGAUCUUGAGCGUGGGUAUAGCGGGCAACGAUGUCAAAUGCUCUGAUAUCGAGUUGCUGCAUAUACCGCCUCCCGCGGGACAAAACUGCUCGAGUUACUUGGAUUCAUAUGUUCACGAUACGCAGGCGAGCCUACUUAAUCCUGGGAGUACUACCGACUGUCGCGUGUGCUCGAUAUCCAAGACGGAUCAGUAUCUGAGCACACUGAGUAUAAGUUACUCGGACCGCUGGCGUAACGUGGGAAUUCUCUUCGUGUAUGUGGUGUUCAACGCCUUUGCAGCUGUGUUUUUGUACUGGCUGGUGCGGGUGCCAAAGAAGAAAUCCGCGAAGGAGAAGAAAGAGUAG